AUGGCAGGCAAAAAGGUUCCCAAUGCCAAGGAAUCUUGGGGAUUUUCCACAACAUCUCAUACAAAGGCCAACGCAACACAAAACACUAUCGUGCUGACAAACCGGGGGCAACUAGUCGAUUCAUAUCGAACUUCGGCUUAUCCAAACCUCGGCACACUGGGCCCUCACUACGGGCUGUGUGAUCUGUCCUUGAGCAACGUCAGCACAGCCGAUCGUUACUAUCUAUAUUACUGUUUGUCAUCCCCACUUUCCAUUAUACGAAGAAAGCAAAGAAAAAUAAAGAAUUCUCCUUUCCCAACGUUAACGAGCCUACCACUAGUUACAAAGGGACUAUGUCCACAGCUCGUGGCUAUCGACCUACCAGGCUACAAUCCAUUCCCGGAACUAGUUUCGAUGGGCGCUGCAAGCCCACUUCUGCUAUAUACCGUGGUGACCGCCGCCGCGGCUCACAUGUCGAAUGUCCUCAGGCCCGGCGCCAACAAAUGGUCCAGUCAACCACAAACUAUAAGAAAAUACGAUUGGGAUCCGUCCCGACGAGCGUUGACGGACGCACUGGUGGCCAAGCAGAAGGCACUCUGCUUACUUCGCAUGGCUCUCAGCGACGAAGAUGUGGUGGGGAAUGACAUUAUACUAACUGCCGUGAUCAUGCUUGUCACGGCUGAUAUGAUUGACUCCGGGAAACAUGACUCCCAGGCCCAUGUCAAUGCGAUGGGCUGGUUGCUGAGCCAGGCACCUCCGAUGACUGGUGUCGGCGAGAUGCUUAAAGACUUUAUUAUAUCGGACUGUUACAUAUAA